ACAGUAGCCUACCAAUAAUUAAAGCUGUCACCGCCCCCACAGUUAACUCCAUUCUAGAAACCGCCAUGAAACUGGCAAUGUCUAGCAGACGGUGCAUGUUUGACUAUAAGCAGUCUCCGUUAAACAGUUGAUAUUAUUAAUUCAUUAACCGGGAGACCCCGCAGGCAAACACCAAUAUGGCGUUAAUACCCGAAGACGUCUCAGUUGCGACACUGACAGGUGGCAGCCGUGUGGUAUCGCUGGAGUCUGGCAGCACCAAGUCUUUCACGUCAGAGAAGGACAUGAUCGAAAUCCUGCUUCACGAGUGCCUGCGGGCGAAAGAAUUCGCUUAUUGUCCGUACAGUAAAUUCCGUGUCGGCGCUGCUCUGAUGACGAAAGAGGGGAACGUUUUCGUAGGAUGCAAUGUUGAAAACGCUUGUUUCAACUUGGGAGUCUGCGCUGAAAGGACCGCAAUUCAAAAAGCUGUUUCAGAAGGGCACAUGAACUUCAGAGCCAUCGCCAUUGCAAGUGAUUUAGAAGACCAGUUUAUCUCUCCUUGUGGAGCUUGCAGACAAGUCAUGAGAGAGUUUGGGACUGAAUGGGAUGUUUUCCUCUCUAGACCGGAUGGUUCCUAUUUGAAAAUGACCGUGGAUGAACUCUUACCUGUGUCUUUUGGACCUGAAGACCUGAGCAAGAAGAAAGUGUUCAGUAUUCAUAAUGGGUACUAACACCAAGUCAUUGCAGCCCUGUAUUGUUCUCUAUAGUCUCUAUUAUGUUCACAAUAUUGAAGUAUUGCCAAUAAUUUAAAUACAUGGGAGAAACAAAAGAUGAUAUAGUCUACCCGUUGAUAAUAACAACAGUAGAAUACCUUAUUGCAUUAUGGCAGUUUUUGUAUAUUUUCGUUUGAAAAAUGUCCAGUUCCACCAAUGAUUGUAUGAAGCUAUUUAGCAUUUUAUUUUCCAGUUCAGUACAUUUUAAGUUAUAGAAAAAUAUAUAUUUUGUGAAAAAAUAGAUGAACACUGUUUUGUUUUCAAAAUUAAAUAGACUUUAAUUUGGUGAAGAAUUAUUUUAAAUGUGUUGUUAAUGGAAAGGGCUAGAAGGUCCACAGCAGGCCAGACUGUGGGCUUUAGCUCGCCGCGUGUCUGGACAGUAGCGGCCGCUGUAGCGCAACAAGGAGACUUCCCUAACCUGAAGGAGCGCCAGAUGCAACACUACCCCGUGGAAUCCCCAGCAGAGACCGUUAACUUUGUAAGGCCAGGGUGCACGUAUCUUGUGAAUAUGAAUCAUUACUUAAAACACACACAUGACAAAGUGACACAGGAAAUAAAACCAUUUGAACUGCAACCCUAGCAACUCCUCAGGACAAACCAACAAUUGCCUGCAAUUGUUACCCUAGGAAUAUCGUUUUACUAUUGCACCCCUGUGACGGAAAGAUGAGUUCUGGUGAUGAAUCUUCCUCCCAACCUGUG